UGAGCGUCAGGCACCUCGCAGCCCCUCUGGCACUGAAUCCGCUAGGGCUCACAGAGGGGGCAGUGCGAUGCACACCCCGGACUAUGCGAUGCUCCUGAGCGAAGGCAACCAGUCUCUGAUCUCCAGUCCCCCGAAUGAGCAAACGAUGGAGGCGCCUGGAAACAUCACCGCGCACGCGAACGGAACCGAUCCGUACGCGCGUAACGAGGAGGUGGCUCAGAUCGAGAUCAUGGUCCUGACCAUCACCUUCGUGGUGGCUUUGAUCGGGAACGUGAGCGUCCUGCUGGCGAUGUACAACACCAAGAAGAAGAUGUCUCGCAUGCACCUUUUCAUCAAACACCUCAGCCUGGCGGACCUGGUGGUCGCCUUCUUCCAGGUGCUGCCGCAGCUCUGCUGGAAGAUCACCUUCCGCUUCUACGGCGCGGACUACCUCUGCAGGAUAGUCAAGCACCUCCAGGUGAUGGGGAUGUUCGCGUCCACCUACAUGAUGGUGAUGAUGACCUUGGACCGGUACAUUGCCAUCUGCCACCCGCUGAAGACCCUCCAGCAGCCCACGCAGCGCUCCUACAUCAUGAUCGUCUCCACGUGGAUGUGCAGCCUGGUGCUGAGCACCCCGCAGUACUUCAUCUUCUCCCUGAGCGAGAUCAAGAACGGCUCCAACGUGUCGGACUGCUGGGCGCACUUCAUCGAGCCGUGGGGGGCCAAGGCUUACAUCACCUGGAUAACGGUGGGCAUCUUCCUGGUGCCCGUGGUCAUCCUGGUGCUGUGCUACGGCUUCAUCUGCCACAGCAUAUGGAAAAAUAUCAAGUACAAGAAAAGAAAGUCGACGCCCGGCGCAGCGAAGCACGCCGGCGCAGCGAAGCACGCCGGGUUUAUUGGGAAGAGCUCCGUGAGCAGCAUCACCACGAUCUCGAGAGCCAAACUGAGGACCGUUAAAAUGACGCUUGUGAUCGUGUUGGCGUACAUCGUUUGCUGGGCGCCGUUUUUCACCGUGCAGAUGUGGUCCGUGUGGGAUGAGAACUUCCAGUGGGCUGAUUCUGAGAACACAGCGGUGACUCUGUCUGCGCUGCUCGCCAGUCUCAACAGCUGCUGCAACCCGUGGAUAUACAUGAUCUUCAGCGGUCACCUCCUCCAGGAUUUCGUGCACUGCCUCUCUUGCUGCUUUAAGAUGAGCACCGACUUCAAGAAGGAGGACUCGGACAGCAGCCUCCGCAGAACGACGUUGCUGACUAAGGUGACCAAUCGGAGCCCGACGGGCAGUUCUAGCAACUGGAAGGAGCUGGACAACUCUCCAAAGUCCUCCAUCCAGGCAGAGUGA